AAUGUGUCAGUCAUGUUGGAUUGAAGGUUGCUUUUACAAGUUGCUGUAUAUGACUUGUCGUUGCUCAUCAUCUACCAAUUCUGCCUGUCCCGGGAUCCACUCAUUGCUUUUUCUCACUCAUUCUCUCUUUCCUCGCAUUUUUAAUUACACAUUUUAUUUUUUCCUAUUUUAUGUAUUUUUUUUAAUCUUUUUUUAUUUUAUUUAUUUAUUUUUGUUCUUGGGAAGUUCCCUGUGAUUUCUGUCUUGAGAGGCACAGUAUAAAAGACAGUUUCUUCUUUUUCUAGUAUCUUCUGGUGCUGAUCUGUAGCUGGCAACAACCAACUCACGAAACAGGAGUGAUAAAGUCACCCCAGGCGUUUUGCAAAACGGGCAGCAGUAACCAAAUUUGACCACAGGAUGUCAUUCUUACUUCAUUCUUACAUAAUGUACCUUAAAGGUAAUUCCAUGAUACAAGUCAAAUGGCAAGUCCAGCUUGUAGCUCUUUCAGAGGCGUGCCUAUAGGUGUGGAGCAUUUACAGUGGUCUCUGGUAGGAAUGAAUGCCUUUGUCAGUUGUACUCUAGGGAAAAAAAGCCCCGGUGCACCAGUUUCAGGAACUAGCAAAUGAAGGGAUCUUCAGACAACAGGAUUUUAAUUCUUAUUUCCUGUGUAGCGUAGGCAAAUUGAUGAUUUUAUCUGUUAUGACCAGGAAGAUGUAAUAUUCUAUAAAAAUGUAAAAUAUUACCCUGCUAGGUUCUUUAAUGUAAUUAUUCAGAAGAUUCUAGUAUUUAAUUCAGAAGAUCUAGGUUCUCUGCUUUUUCAGUGAUCAACCACAGUUCGUGUUACUUCAAGAAAGAGUCAGGUUUAUAAAAGUAAGAAUUUAUUUUACAAACAAUUUAAAACAUGACUAAUUAAUUAAGCAUUACUGUGAUUGGAUGGAGCUAAAUGUGAUGAAGGCUAUGUGUCAGUGUGAUGUUGGUCAGAACUUCCAAAUCUCGGAAAGCGGCAUCUCCGGAAAAAAAAAAAAAAAAAUUUGGUUUGCUCUAAACUAUGAAGCUGUUAUCUUCAGAAGAACAUUCAGACACAGUCGGUCAUGUCUACUUUACCCAUUUAAGAGAGACCUCUCGGUGGAUCAGAAAGUCGCAGGGGUCAGCUGACCGCUGGCACCGGAAGGCUGUAGAAUACCGUGGUACCGACUCUUCAGUCCACAGAUGUCUCGGGUCACGACAGCUGGAUGGAACUGUGCGUCUGAAGGACUCUUAAGGAGUCUAACAAUAUCAGCUUUGUUUCUGCAGGAACUGUUUGCUCAUCAGCUUUGCAGGUGCAAAAAGGUUUUGCCGACGUGUCAAAAUCUUUAAUGGUUAAACAGGUUUUGCUACAGAUGGCCGGUCUGAGCGAUUCUCUAGAACUGACGAAUCUCUCAGAAUGAUCUAGUUUUAAGGUUUAGCUGUUAUGAUUUGCACAGCCAAUCAGAGGCUGACAAGUUUAGAGAUGUUUUACCAAGACAACUCAGAAACACACCCUCUUUGAUAUCAGAUGUCCUGACUGGUUAAAAAGGCAAGUUAUGUGUUGUCGUCUAACUUAACCGUGCUUGUUAUUGUGUGGAUGCAGGUGUGAGGACCUCGUCGUCAAAACAUGUUGAACACAUGGCAGGAUCUAGUAGACACACAUAAUAUAACUUCCAUUCAGUGUGCACAGAUUUAUGAAGCAUUUCAUCGUACUAUAAUUAUUAUAAGUAGUAAUAAACAAAUCUUUAUUUAAUGAUUAUCUAGAUUAUAAGUCAUAGAAGAAGUUCAUAUUGAUUUAGUAAAUCAUUCUUGAAUUUAGCAACUGAUUCGAGUUGGAGUUGUUUCUUCUGUGGAGGCAGACAGAUGGGACCUUGGGAAAGAAAGUUAUUGUUUAUCUUUCAGACUUGCAGUCUGUGAAUCCCAGCUGGUACGAAGGCCUGCUCAUUUAAAGGGAACGCAUGCAAUGUUGUGUCUACUUUCUGACCAGAUGUUGAAUAGAUGGUGAAAGAUCAGACAGUGCCUAAACUGACCAUUGCUGGACGCUACAUCUGAUAUUUGGACAUCUUGCCUCAGAUUGGCUAACGGCAAUACACCUCCACCACUGACUUUCAACGUUGAAGUUUUAUCUCCACAAGUCCAGAGGAGUUGUGGUACGUAGAGCUGCCAACAGUUAGCUUCUACUAGUCAAGAUGUUCUCUACUGUUUCCUGGAGGCUAAACCAACAACAGCCUUCCUCGUCGCGAUUCAAGAUGGCUGAGUCUAUGAAUGUUAAGUGACAUUAUGAUCAGGAAUAAUAUUUAAAAAAUGUAUUUUUUUAAAUAUUAUUUUUUUAGUCCUGUUGUAGAACCCACCUUUUUUCCUGCAACCAACUAACAUGUCCCAAAGUGUGACCCUUCCACCUCCAUGCAUUAAGCCUGGGUCACACUGUGCGUUGUUCAGCCAUCCUAGAAAAAUCCGUCAUCAUGAAUAAAUUUGUGACAAAAACAGUGAAUGUGAGGGUGAUUUGCAGGUCUGUGGCCGUCCAGUGUGACCAGCUCAGCAACAGCUUGAUGAGCUCUCCUACGAUCAAAUUCAGCCUCCCAACAGUCCUCAAGCUGUGUCAGAAACCCUACGACUCUUGUCUGCAAUCGACAAAUGAAAUUACACCCAGGGAGUGAUAUUAAAAGCUAGUGUCGAGAGUAUAAUUCAAGAAUUAGCUACAUUAGCAACUGUGGAGGAUACACGCAAGAAUGCGCGGACCGCUCAUUUUUGGAGCUUGGCUUGGAUUCUAAUAAAAGAAGUGAUAACGCUGGCAUAUUUUCCUCUGUUUAGCUUUGUUGUUUUGGUUAGCCGUCAGCUUUUAGUGAUGUAUGUUUUUGGCCGGUACUCUCUUGAUGUUAGCGUGUCCUGCUCGAGCGAGACCUAGUGCUGUUUGUCUCAUUUGGACUGCACAGUGUGCCACCUCUCAUAGAGUCUUCACAGGGUGACAUGAAGCAGUCCUUCAGCAGCUGAAAAACACACAGUGUGGCCUGGACUUUAAAGUUGGAGAUGUCUUCCUUUUGCAAAAGUCUUCCUUUUUGUCCAAACAUUACAUUUUUUAAAGUCAUAAAUAUUUAAUUCUAUAGGAACUUAGUAAUUUUGCUGCCUGAUGCUGAAAUCUAAAGAAAACAUACACUGUCCAAAAAACUACACCCACUUCAGAGUCUGCAGAAUCUUCCCAAGGCACUCAAAAACUUUUUAAAUUAUUUGUUUUAACAAUUGGAUGAGUUGAAUCUAUUUAUGCAUUUAUUAUUUGUCUGUCCAACCACUUAUAACAUAAAAAUGACACAUUUCCUUAAAAAACAUUUACUUUUACUUAAACCAAUCUGAAAAUCAGUUCACUUACAAAUUUAAAUGUUGGCGUUCAAACUUUAAAAUAAAUAUUCUGCAGAUCAAAAGUGUGCCCACAGAGGGAGCUUGUGGUUAAUGCAGUCAUGCCCAAGAAUGAUCUCACCUCAUUCUUUUAACUUUAAUCUCACUAGAGUCUAAAAGGUACAGGAGAACACUCCCCACUCUGUCAGUAAAACAGCCAGUGAAGAAAAAGCUCCUGUUUUUCUCCUACUGUAGCUGAAAAGGCCAGACAUCACAUCUGACGGUGCUGUUGGAGAGUUCUCACACAAGUCCACGUCUCAGACAAAGAGGCUGCCUCUCCACAGUUCUAAGCCCUCUUGGUACCAGUAGUGCUGAACCCCUGCUUUCUCCAACAGCAUUCCAGCACAUCUUUCAUGCUGGUCCAUUCUGACCAUGCCAGCCGGGUCAGGGGGCAGCCUUUUCUCAGGGCAACCAGACAACACUCAACAAGCAGAUAACACAUCUCUCUCCUGAUUGGUGUUGAUUUGCAUGUUGCACAAGAAUAAUCCUUGAGAAAAUGCAAUGAAUGCAUUGAUGUUGUCAAGAAUUAAUUCACGUUUAACUAAUUUUCUGCAGACAAACAGAUCAACACGUAUAAUUUAUGACAGGAGCCUCAGCAAAGACAUUUAAUUCUUUGUUGCAGCGGUCUGGAGUGACAGCCCUGGCAUAAUGUGGCAUCAGGAGUUUGUUUUCUUUGUUUCCAUGGGAUCAGUACCUAACUCUGCCAGUAGAUGUCUGUCUUCAGUCUAGCUAAGGGCUGAGGAAGUUAGCAGACAUGCAUCUAGGACCCACACAAGAGCAUACACUGCAGAAUCUCAUAGAUCAAUUGUUUCAUAAUAUGUUGCGUAAUGAAAACUUCACAUUCAUAUUUUAUGAGGUUUUGUUAUGAAUGAUCAGCUAUGCUCUAACAGCACUUCUUCUCUGUUGAAGUGACAAUUAAAGAUAUUUUUAAACAGGUGAGUUGUUUUACCACUAUACAAAUAAAAAUUUAUUAUUUUAAUUUAUUUUUUACUUUUGGUGCAGCUAAUAUUCCAAAAAGGAAUUCCUAGAUUUUAGAAAAAGGGGGAAAACUUGUGUAAUUUCCGCGAGCCAAUCAACGAUCUUGGUUUUCUGCUGGAUUCAGACGGUUGCUAUAGUUGCUACAUCUGAUCACCCAGAAUAACUACAGAAGCAAAAUAUAAUUGCAGUGUUUUAUAUUGUCUAGUUUUUUUAAAUUCUAUAGGAUCUGCAACCAAAAUGUCAUAACUUCAACAGAUAUUUAGGCAUUUGCACAUUUAAUGAGAUUAACAUUUAGUAGAUAUUUUAAAUCAGGGCCAUAGUCUUGAUUUUGCCCAUGAAGGUUGUGAUGGAUGUGAUUUAAAACGGUUAAAGGAUGCAAACUGAACAGUUUAUGGUUUUAGCCUUUCUGAUUUCUGCUCCAGUGUCCAAAAUCCUACACAUAUUUACCGUUUGAUCUGCUUGUAUUUGCUCGGAGAUGUUUACACAUGAAACAAACAAUUUGGCUACUGUUUGAAAGUCUUAACCUGCAAACAACAGAAACUAAUAAAGCCUAAAUGUGAUUAUGAACGCAAGUUAAAUUACGCUGAUGGCUUAUUUUAGCUGCAUUUACUCACUUAUGAAUGUUUUAAUCAUUACUUUUUCCUACAGAUGUCAUUUUCAGUUUAGAUAUAUAGCCAAACAACGCAGAUAAAGCAUAUUUCUCGAUUUUCCCACUGAACGAGAACGCAGCAUUAUGCGCUUGGCGUCCGGAUUGGUGACGCGACAGCGUGGGGGCGUGUCUUUGAUUAAAUCAGCUGUGGCAACAACAACACAAAGGGGGUGGCUCAAACGAGAAGAAUCGCUCGGCUAGUUAUGUUCAGAUCUAAAUCUGAGAAGUGUCCGUCCGGAAAUCCAGCGCGUAUCCGCUCCGUGUCUGCAGCCACGCUGUACUUGUUGAUCUCCGCGCGGCGCGCUGAAUAAUAGGGACUGCAGGGGGAAGUGAAGGGGAGGAGGAUGUUUCAGGGCAGAGGUCCUGUCCGCAGUUCUCUGUGACAAAAAACGGGAUCACCGCGUCACCUCCUCGUUCUCCGUGCGUCUUUGUCCGGUUUGAGUGACCGGCUGAACCACUGGCAGUCUGGCAUGUGGGUCAAUUCCGGAACCGUCGGAAGGGCCCUCUCCAUGGAUAUAGACACAGACUAUGAGCGGCCCAAUGUGGAAACCAUUAAGUGUGUGGUGGUGGGGGAUAAUGCAGUAGGUAAGACCAGGCUAAUCUGUGCUCGGGCCUGCAAUGCCACGCUCACACAGUAUCAGCUGCUAGCCACCCACGUGCCAACCGUCUGGGCCAUCGACCAGUACCGUGUAUGCCAGGAGGUGCUGGAGAGAUCUCGUGACGUCGUGGACGAGGUCAGUGUGUCCCUGAGGCUGUGGGACACAUUCGGGGAUCAUCACAAAGACAGACGAUUUGCCUAUGGCAGGUCUGAUGUGGUGGUGUUGUGCUUCUCUCUUGCUAAUCCAAAUUCCCUGCGCCAUGUUCGGACCAUGUGGUUCCCAGAGAUCAAGCACUUCUGUCCCCGAACACCCAUCAUCCUGGUUGGCUGCCAGCUGGAUCUGCGCUAUGCUGACCUGGAUGCGGUUAACCGUGCACGACGACCGUUAGCAAAGCCCAUCAAACAUACAGAUAUUCUUCCUCCAGAGAGAGGCCAUGAGGUGGCAAAAGAACUUGGUAUUCCCUACUACGAGACCAGCAUUGUUGCACAGUUUGGAGUCAAAGAUGUUUUCGAUAAUGCCAUCCGUGCAGCGCUCAUCUCUCGUCGACAUCUGCAGUUCUGGAAAUCACACCUUAAAAAGGUCCAGAGACCCCUUCUCCAGGCGCCCUUCCUGCCUCCUCGCCCACCACGCCCUAUAGUGGGCAUCCCGGACCCUCCUCUCACAGACGGCGAAGGCCCAGACUCCCUUUUCUGCUACCCCCUCUGUGCAGAUGUGCUCUUUGUUCUGCAGGGAGGCUCCUCUCGUGUUUUUGCACACAAAAUCUACUUAGCCACAUCCUGCUCCAAGUUCUAUGACCUUUUCACCCUUGAUAUUGGUGGAUUGCGUACAGAACUGAGUGGGGAGGAAAAGAACGGUAAGGAAAACACUAAGAAUGGGGAGGAGGACGAGCAGAGCAGGAGAGGAGCCAAAGAGCAAGCUGGACGCACUAAGAGUCUGGACAUUGAUAAAGAUGGAGUAGAUGGAGGAGUUAGGGGUCUAAACCGACCCCAGCUCCUCCAUCAGGGAUCUCUGAGGACUUCCCAGAGUGAUAAUGCACUCCCUUCUCGAGCCCAGUACUCCAUGGGAGCACUAGGGACUGGUCGAGCACUUUCUGGAUGGGGAAGGGGUUUUCUAAGUGUGUGUCUGGAACACAUUGAUGAUCCGAUGACCGGACGACCUCGUCUCAUGACCGUGGUAGCCAUGGAUGCGUUAAUACAGGAAGAACCAUUCAAGGCAGUGCUUCAGUACCUAUACACAGGCAGUCUGGAUGAGAGUCGAAAUGACCUGAUGCAGGUGGCCACCAUUGCAGAGCUGCUCGAGGUGUUCGACCUGCGCAUGAUGGUGGCAAACGUUCUGAACCGAGAGAGCUUCAUGAACCAGGAGAUCACCAAGGCCUUCCACGUCCGCAGAGCCAACCGCAUCAAAGAGUGCCUCAAUAAAGGGACUUUUGCUGAUGUGGUGUUCCGACUGGACGAUGGCUGCCUGCCGGCCCACAAACCUCUCCUCAUCUCCAGCUGUGAUUGGAUGGCCGCCAUGUUCCGUGGCUCUUUCAUGGAAAGUUACAUUGAGGAGGUAUCCAUUCCCAACACCAGUGUGGCCUGUAUGCGUGGGGUGCUUGAGUUCUUGUACUGCGGUCUACUGACACCUUGUCCAGGUUUGGAGCCCAUGGAACUAAUUAUUCUGGCCAAUCGGCUGUGUUUGCCACGUCUCGUCGCCCUUACCGAGCAGCACGCUGUGGAUGAACUUCUCCAGCAGGCAAUGAAAGGAAUCGACAUCGAUGGACAAGUGUUGGCUUAUCUUGAGCUUGCACAGUUCCACAAUUCCAAACAGCUGUCAGCUUGGUGCCUUCAUCACAUCUGCACUAAUUAUAACAGCAUCUGCCGCAAGUUUCCCAAAGAUAUGAAGGCCAUGUCUCCAGAGAACCAGAAGCACUUUGAGAAGCAUCGCUGGCCUCCUGUGUGGUUCUUGAAGGAGGAAGACCGCUAUCUGCGCUCGCAAAAGGAGCGUGAGCGGGAGGAAGAAAUCCUACGUAAGCAGCACACCAAACGGGGCUGGUGUUUCUGGAGACACCCGUCUUCUUCUCCACAUGUCUCCUGAAAUGUUUCGCCUCCUCUGACUCUUCACCCAGACCUGGAUUGUCCCUUUUUAACCUCCUCAUAUUUAGAUUAAUAGAGGAGGGUGGGCUCAGAAUGCUCUAAUCUGUGGGGAAAUAACUCUCAGAGCUAAUAAUCCUGAAUGUCUGCAUGCACAGGGAGAGUGUUUGUGCCUCUUUAUUGGUGUGGGUGACAAACAUGAAUUCAACAGAAGGGUUUUAGCAUGAAUGAGUGAGUUUAUGCUUCCAGGUUUGGUGCUUGACAGACAUUGAGGCCAAAUAGUGACUUAAUCUCUGAGUGACUGGACAGGAUGCAAGGGCUUUCUUUUGAGUCUCUCAGUCUUCAACCUUCACACUGACCUUAAUACUUACACACUCACCACUGGAGCUUCCUGUAAGGGGUGGUUUACCUCUGCCUUCACAUUUGUAGAGACUGUUAGCUUACACAGAGACACAUAUACAGCCACGUUAAUGCCCAUAACCAUAAUAACCAGGAACUAAACACUGACAACAAAUCUCUUUUCUGCAUUCUGACUCUUCAGGGGGAAUGGUGUAGUCCACUCCUCGGAGGGGAACAGUUGGUGAUUACAACCCUCAUCAGGGGGUUUAAUCACACAAAUGAGCUCACAUAUGGUCGCAAUGUUGCCCUUAGUGUCCAUCAUCUAGCUCUGCGUCUUUUAACUCUUCAUUCUGCACACAACGUUAGGUGGGAGGGCAAAUGCAGGCUCUUGUGCUUGAGUUUGCGUCAGUAAAAUGCUUUGAGGCCAUCACACAGCCACUCUAUAGCACUGAUGGCUGCAAAAAGGGCUAGCCUUACUUAAUACUUCUGCCACAGAGAAGAAAUGGAUCCAGUGUUAAAUGUUCUCAGACACCGGGAUGCAUUGAAGCACCUAAGCGACACCGCCAGGGGGCCACAUUACUCAGAUCCCAACAGGUGUAUUUUAUUUUUUACUUCCUUUGCUAUUAUUUUGAGAUUAUCACUAUAUCUUCAGCCUACUGCAAAGAUUUUCAAAAUAAAAUAAAUAGUACAAGCAAUUAAUAUUGGCAGAUUUUUAAUCAUGCAUACUAAAGUACAUCUAACACGAUUUAUAUACCAAAGCUGCAAUUCUUCCUUGACUUUCGGAUUUUACUGUUUUCCAGCUUUUCUUUUUAAAUUGGAAGUAAGGAUGGAGAAGAAACAACAUUUGUAGAAGAUAACAGUCUUAGGUUAUAUUUAACUUUCUUAUUUUGGGGUGGUAUUUUCACUCUUUGGUGUCAGGAGAAAAGUGUCACUUGAAGAUAUGGCCUUCGAUUCCUGUUGCUGGAAUUGAAAACGGUGCUUAAAACACUAACACAACGUCCAUGUGAACACACAGACUUUGAUUUUCUGUCUCAGUCUUUGGUAUUUAUUUGUAAAGAACAUAUAGCAAUGUAAUUGUAUUUUCACAAAUAAUUUGAUAUUUUUAAACCUUAUUUUGCCCCUUUUCUUUUUACUAAUAACUAAUUUUAAAGGCAGAUGAUUCCUAGCUCUGCAAACCUUUUUUCCCUUUUCUAUUAAAAAAACAAUUUGCUUGAGUUUCUUUAUUAAUAAGGAAUUUCAUGUCACCUUGGAUUGAAUUCCAUGUUUUUACAGUUGCUGUUUGAAGUAAUUUGAGCAAAUUUGAUGGGUCCCCCCCACCCCCCCCAUGAAGGGUGCUAAUUUUUGGGGGUUUUGCACAAAAUGUAGAAAAAGAAGAAAAACAAAAAAAAAAGUGAUGCAGAUUUUCCAUUAGCACGUUGCUAUUUGUGGGUUUGCGCCCCUCAGCUUUCCCCCAGUCAACUGUUGGAGCUAGAUAGAUGAAUAGUGUGAAAUGUGGUGUGUUCCAGCGUUUUCCACGGGAGGUGUGUAAAGUAAUUUUCAGCUACUAGAAUAGAAGUUGUAUUGAAUCUCACUUGGUCCAAGUGAGAAUUGGGUUGAUUCGUCCAGAAGGAGGACAUGUAGACUAGAAAUGAACAAAUCUCAGGCAACAUUAGUUGCAUCUGAUGUUGAUUAAAAUAAUUUUGUGGUUAAUUGAAAUGUCAUCCCAGUGCAGUGCUUUGGGAAAUAAGAAAUUAUCACCCAUCAGGCCUCAUUUCUUGGUCCACGUGCCUUAUACUUGGACAGUAAAGUGGACAUUUGGCAACACCUUAGUUUGAUCCUGCAGACCGGUUCUGCAGUUGUGAUAAAUACAGAAGAUCAAGUCGUAACAAAAAUAAAUACAUUUAAGAUUAAGGUGUUGCAUUACACAAUCUCAGCAAUUAUCUUUCUUAAUUUAAAGAAAGGGAAUUUUUUUAUGCCAACUUGAGCCAUGCCUUUAGCAUAUUUGGGGCCUACUGUGUUAUGCAAAGUGACUUUUUAAAUACUGUGCAGUAGGAUAGCUUGGUCUAAUCAUAUUGUCUUAGAUUAGGAUGUGUUUUCCCUACAUUGGGACAUUAGAUUAGUGUUUCUUCACUGAGCAGGUGAUCAAGAGGUAGCUGUUUAAAUACUUCUGCAGUAUAACUUCAAAACCACUGACGGUGAGAAUGCAGAUUCAACUUUUUUUUUUAUUAAUGAGGCACUGGCUGGCCUCUGCGCUGAGAGGGUGCAACCACUUUUGAGAUGUAGUGAAUUUGCAUGGUACCCUGACUUUUCAGAGCAACCUUUAUGUUGUAAUGCACUUUCUUUUUCCUGUAUUUAACCUCCAUUUAUAGUGAAGCAGGAUCGUUCUUAAACCUUUUGACUGUAGCAUGCCAUUUCUGCCCGUUCUUUAUGUUUCGCUGAAGUUGCUACUUGGAGAAAAUGAAUAAUGGGACUUAUUUGGCUUUUUCUCCCCACAGAGGUUCUAUUUUUCCCCCACGUGUGUUUUAUAAUGAAUUUCAGCACAACUUAAAGUAGCAGUGAAAUAUUUGCAAGCUGCUGGGACAUCCACACUAAACAGACCAUCUGUUGCUGCUGUUCAAUGCCACAGCCGUCCCAUGCAUGCUCUUAUUGCAAGUUUUAUAGUAAAUGAAAUUUAAACAUGUGAUGUGAAAGAAAUGUUGGUCUUGGGGUACGACAAUGGAAAACAGAAAAAUAUAUAAAUGGAAUCCUAACUGGCUUAAGGCCAAGCAUGUUUGGAUUUAGAUGCAUGAAUUGAUGUUGGCAUGGUGCAGGUUUGUGGGGUGACAUUGCGUUGUGUACAGAUGACUUUAAAGGAGCAAUAUGUAAGAAUUCUACAGUGAAAAAUUCAUAAAACAGUCUAAUGUCUCAAUCGUGCUGGAAGGAAGGUUACAUUGAAACAGAUUUCAUUCUCAGCCAUCAGGGAGGUUGUCAGUUUUUCUCCUUUCAACAAAAUGAAAGAGGGAUGUAGUUCAUGUUUAUAUCAGGGUGUUUGGGAGGUCACUGUAUCUCCAACGAGCUAGUACUCCAGUGUUGGCAUUUGUGAUUCGACACAGACAGGAAAAAAGCUCUAGAGUUGUUUAAAGAACCAAAGCCAGUAAAAAGAAAUGACUAAGAAGUUAUUUCUUGUAUCCCAAAAGAAGCCACAGCAUAUUUUUGUUUUGCUCUAAUAUCAGGUGAAGAAAGCUAGAGGCUAAUAUUGAGCUAACAAUGCUAACGUUAAAUUUGAAGGAAAUGGUCAGCUCUAAGAAAAAUCUCAAGUUACUGCUUCAAAACUAACAACUCAAUAUUACAGUGACAUGUAUGUGUGAAGUGAAUAAUGAGUCAAUGGUGGUGUUUUACUUCCUUUAAUUAGUCAUUCAAAACUGUAACAGCAAGCUAACGGCAAGUUGGCGAACAAUACUUCCUGUAAUGCUGGAGAAAUAUUACUGUAUUAAGUGUAGUAAGUGCUCCCCACCAUUAAACACCCAACAGUGCCAACACCAGAUAUGACCAUUUGUUUUUCUACUUAUAUCAACUUGCUGUGUAUGACUAUUUGCUAUUUGCUUGAAUCUUCUGGUGCUGAUCCAUAACUGGAAGCAGCCAUGAAACUCAUGAAAUGGUAGUGAGAAAGUGGUUGCAGUAGCCAAAUUUGACUACAGAAUUUUAUUUUUGGUUCAUUCUUACAUAUUGCACCUUUAAUGUCCCUUGAUGCUCUUAAAGAUUUACUGUGAGACAUCUAAAAAAUCGAGACAGUUAAAGCAUACUCUGUUUAUUCUUAUUUAGCCCUUGACAUUAGAUCUACAAGCCAAAGUUAGACCUUCUCAAAUUGUGAUGUUUGUUGUAAUUUCCCAUCAUCCUUUGUACUAUCACCCUACUUUUGACAUUUUGGUUCUUCCUACUUUGUAGGCCAGGUCUCCUGACUUUAUAGUGAAGCCUAGUGACUGGGAGAACAAUUUUAUUUGUCUCCUUUCCUGUGCCUUCAGUGAAAUCUCACUUGAUGCACCAGUAGCCAUCUGGGCUCAGAUUAAGCCAAGAAACACACACAAGCAUCAAAAUACCAGUAGGUAGCUUGAGAAUAAACUCAAGUGGAAUAUCACUGUAGUCACUAGAUGUCUGGAUAAGAAUGAUCAUUUUAGAUAAGGUUUGGUCAUCUAUGCCAAAGCUACGCAGCAGAUGACUCGAGCGUUCGAUUGUUAAAGGAAACCCAGCAAACCAGCAUUUUUAGAGGAUCUGUUCUUCACUCUUCAAGGUGCCUGCACUUUCUAUUAUGUAGCCUACUAAGACUUUUUCUUAUGCUUUCUCUAUAUUUACAAGUUUUAUCGAUUCUCUGUGUGUGCCUGGUUGUUCUCUCUAAGCCAAAUCCAGGAGUGUACUCUUAUUGCUUCCAUUAUUUAUCUGAUCGUAACUACACUCUGUGUCCUUUAAGUUGGAGUAGAGUAUUUGAUUAAUGAAUAGUUGUAUUAAAGGCACAUAUUAGCAGUGACAGCUGUAUGUAUUUUGCUUUACUGAAAGUGGUAAUUAUCCAAAAUGCAGCACGGUGUUGUGGAUUUGAUAGAAGUUGGAAAUAACCUUUUUUUAAGCUCACCAUUCUGUAUGUAUUAACUAAGUUACUAUAUACAUAGGAUUGUAUGGAGUCAUUUCUAUUGACAUGGUGUAAUUAACUCCUGGUCUAUACUGUAAAUUCUAUGUGGAUCGUAUCUACUGUAUAGUAUUGUUAUGCACUUUUGCUUCCAUGGACUCAUAUGUGUGUUAAUUAUGUGUAAUGCUCAUGUCAUGUUAUGUUUGAGUUUAAAAAAGAUGAGCACACCUCUCAAAAACUAUUAAGGGCUUUUAAAAAGAAACAAUCAGAAUGUUUCACUGCUGUUGCAAAAUGAAAAGAAAUUUUUUUAAAUGAAAACAUUUUGUAAUUUUUUUGGAACCACUGUGAUUUGUACAAAACAUUUAAGAGAAAAACAAAUGUAGAAAUAAAUGUUUUCUUCCCUUUUGCCAUUUCAGUAUUUUGAUGUUUGACUUGAAUUUUAUUAAAAUGGAUAAUCUUUUGAA